AUGGUCAAAGCAACCACAUCAGAAUCCAUCGCCCUGGGGCCACAAAAACUAAAUGAUGCCCAGGAAACAAUUCCCCAAAACCACAACGAGUCCGGCUCGCUGAAAACAACGAUGAAAGAGAUCACAGUGGCUUUUAUAACGAGGACCAAGAUCCAUGGUUUAAGGUUCGUCUUCGCUCCGGACAAGUCCAAGCCGCAGCGGGUCAUCUGGAUCAUGGCCUUUUUUGUGUGUUUGAGUCUCCUCGCCACCUGGUCCUGGAAUCGAAUCCAAUACCUGAUGUCCUACCCGGCCAUCACCAAGAUCUACAUGGUGUGGGCUCACAACAUGUCCUUCCCAGCCGUAACCUUCUGCAAUAAGAACGUUUUCCGUGUGUCCAAUCUGACCAAGGACGACCUCUACCACAGUGGCUACUGGAUGGACCUCAUGUAUCCCAACCACACAGUGAUGGAGCGGGGCCUGUCCAUUCUGAAAGACAGCCACAAACCGGGUCUCCUCAGCCUGCUGGACUUCACCAACUACACCCCGGCCCCCGGUUACCGCAUCGACACCACUGAGAUGAUGGGACGCCUCGGCCACCAGCUGCAGGACAUGCUGCUGGAGUGCAAGUUUCGUGGGGAAUCGUGCACCUACAAAAACUUCAGCACUAUUUACACACGCUACGGAAAAUGCUACACGUUCAACUCGGGAUUAGACGGCAACCCUCUGUUGACUACAUUGAAAGGUGGCACGGGGAACGGCCUGGAGAUCAUGUUGGAUAUCCAGCAGGAUGAAUACCUCCCUGUCUGGGGAGAGACAGAUGAGACCUCCUACGAAGCAGGCAUCAAGGUUCAGAUCCACAGCCAGGAUGAGCCGCCUUUCAUUGACCAACUGGGAUUUGGUGUGGCCCCUGGUUUUCAAACUUUUGUGUCAUGUCAGCAGCAACUGCUUCAGUACCUCCCUCCGCCGUGGGGCGACUGCAAGUCGACUCCCAUAGACUCUGAGUACUUCUCCACGUACAGCAUCACCGCCUGCCGUAUCGACUGUGAGACCCGCUACCUGCUGGAGAACUGCAACUGCAGGAUGGUUCACAUGCCGGGGACUUCUACAGUUUGCACACCUGAGCAGUACAAAGACUGUGCUGACCCGGCUUUAGACUUUUUGGUGGAGAAGGACAACGAUUACUGUGUCUGUCAGACGCCCUGCAACAUGACCCGCUAUGGCAAGGAGCUGUCCAUGGUUAAGAUCCCCAGUAAGGCCUCUGCUAAGUAUCUGGCUAAGAAAUUCAACAAAACUGAGCAAUACAUCGGAGAAAACCUCAUGGUCCUGGACAUCUUUUUCGAAGCUCUGAAUUACGAGAAGAUUGAGCAGAAGAAGGCCUAUGAAAUCGCGGGGCUCCUCGGUGACAUUGGAGGUCAGAUGGGGCUGUUCAUCGGAGCCAGCGUUUUAACAAUACUGGAAAUAUUUGACUACCUUUAUGAGGUGUUUAAGGACAAGGUUUUGGGUUACUUCACACGCAAGAAACGACCUCAGCGUUGCCAGAGCGACAAUCUGGAGUUUCCAGAGAACCCAACCAGCCCUGGUGUCACGCCUAAUCAUGCCCCCAGAGCACCUGUGACACCCUCCGGAGUCACUCGGACAGUCUCGGAUUCACGCCGAACAUGUUACCUCGUCACCCGACUCUAG